ACCGUGCUGAUUUUUAGAUCAAAACGAUGCUCUUUUUAUUUCCCCUUUUCCACGUAGAAUCCAUGUUAACAGUGCAGUCUUAAAGAAAUGGAAAACAUCUUUCUGGAAUGCAGCCUCAGGAUCAAGUUCUAGAAAUUGGACUUGAUUCAGCUUCCAGUCUCUCUCUCUCUCUAUAUAUAUAUAUAUGCUACAACCCCCACCAUCCACAAAUCAUACUGUCAUCUAUUAACUAGCUAGUCUCUUAAUUCUUAUUACAAUUACAAUACAAUCAUUGUUCCUCUCUCUAUACGCUUUUGUACACCUCAAAAUGUCUAGUGGCGUGCCUGUCGCUGCUGGCUAUAAGUUUUGCCCCAUGGAUGAUGAUCUUGUUGUAUAUUAUUUGAAGAGGAAAAUUCUAGGUGAACAACUUCCUGCUAACCUUAUUCCUACCAUUGAUGUUUACGCAUCAAGCCCAGAUAAACUCCCUUUGGGUUUAUUUCAAUUGGGGCAGGCCAACGAGUGGUUUUUCUUUUCCACCAAGAGUAAAGACGACGACAUUACGGUAAUAGAUGGUGGUUACUAUGAGAUCGAUCCUGACGGUGCAGCUCCGAUCACAUGGGAGGGUAAAAUUGUUGGUCAUGUGAAGACACUGUUUUUCUAUCAAGGAAGUCCUCCUAAUGGAACUGACACUGAAUGGAUGGUAGAGGAAUUUAGAAUUAAUCCUGAGUUUGUUCCAGUUGACAAAGCUGACCAUAACACUCAAGAGAAGAUUACAAACCUUGUUGUAUGCAAAAUUUAUCGAAUGCGGCCACUACCUGAACCCUAAACGGCGCUGUCAGGUCAAUUCAGAAGUGCAAGAGAAGUCGUUUUUUAGUUCCAGUCCAGCAAGCAGGUUGAAGGGAUAAGCUUCUUGAUGCUAUUAGUGUAGCAACAAGUAGUGUUUUUUAAUCUUUUUUUUUUCUUUUUGCACUCAGACCUUAUAUUAAGUUACAUAUAUUUUUUCAUGAAGUUUAAAAAUAUUCCAAAUGGUCCAGUGGGUUUAAGA